GCGGCGUUGGAGGAGGAGGAGGAGGAUGGAGGCGGUGGUGUUCGUCUUCUCUCUCCUCGAUUGUUGUGCGCUCAUCUUCCUCUCUGUCUACUUUAUAAUUACAUUGUCUGAUUUAGAAUGCGAUUACAUUAAUGCUAGAUCAUGUUGCUCAAAAUUAAACAAGUGGGUAAUUCCAGAAUUGAUUGGCCAUACAGUCGUCACUGUAUUAAUGCUCAUUUCAUUGCAUUGGUUCAUCUUUCUUCUCAACUUGCCUGUUGCCACUUGGAAUGUAUAUCGGUUCAUUAUGGUGCCAAGUGGUAACAUGGGAGUGUUUGAUCCAACAGAAAUACACAAUCGAGGGCAGCUGAAAUCACACAUGAAAGAAGCCAUGAUCAAGCUUGGUUUCCACUUGCUCUGCUUCUUCAUGUAUCUUUAUAGUAUGAUUUUAGCUUUGAUAAAUGACUGAAGCUGAAGAAACCAUGGUUGAAGUUAGCCUACACGACAGUGCACAGUUGAGGAGCCAGAGACUACUUAAAUCAUCUGUAGAACGUGACCAUAGCAGUAUAUUUUUCCUCUUUGAACAAAAAAUGUAUUUUUGCUGUAUUUUUACCAUAUAAAGUAUUUAAAAA